UUCCAUUUCAUUUUCUCGGGAAAAUUAACAGACAAAACAAAUCCAGCAUACGCUGACAAACUACAACAAUUUUCAUUUUGUUCUUGUUCUUUGAAUUAUUCCGUCGUUUUCUGCUACAGCGUGCGUGAACCGGCGAAUAUUUAGUUCGAAUUGUUCGAUUGCGAUGGCUAGGAAGAUGCUUAUCGACGGUGAAGCUGAAAUUGCUCAAGGUGGUGGAGAAGAAGUGUCGAAUUUUGAUUUCGACUUGUUUAUUAUUGGGGCUGGAAGUGGUGGCGUUCGUGCCGCUAGAUUUUCGUCGAAUUUUGGAGCUAAGGUGGGGAUUUGUGAGCUUCCAUUUCAUCCAAUUAGCUCAGAAACAAUUGGAGGAGUCGGUGGAACGUGUGUUAUUCGUGGUUGUGUUCCCAAAAAGAUUUUGGUCUAUGGAGCAUCUUUUGGAGGUGAUCUUCAGGAUGCCAGGAAUUAUGGGUGGGAGUUGAGUGAGAAAGUUGACUUCAAUUGGAAAAGGCUCUUGCAAAAGAAGACAGAUGAAAUAAACAGAUUAAAUGGACUUUACAAGCGGAUGUUAUCCAAUUGGGGGGUUAAAUUAUUUGAAGGUGAGGGAAAGAUAGUUGGUCCAAAUGAAGUUGAGGUGACACAAUUGGAUGGCACUAAACUGUCCUACUCAGCAAAGCACAUAUUGAUUGCAACUGGCGGUAGAGCUCAAUGUCCAAAUAUUCCAGGACAGGAGUUGGGUAUAACAUCAGAUGAGGCGCUAAGUUUAGAGGAUCUUCCUAAACGUGCUGUGGUUCUUGGAGGAGGUUAUAUUGCAGUUGAGUUUGCAUCUAUAUGGCGUGGGAUGGGUUCCACAGUUGAUCUAGUUUUCAGAAAGGAACUUCCACUGAGAGGUUUUGAUGAUGAAAUGAGAGCUGUAGUUGCAAGAAAUCUUGAAGGCAGGGGAAUUAAUUUGCAUCCAAGGACCAAUCUGACACAGUUGAUCAAAACAGAGGAUGGCAUUAAAGUUAUUACAGAUCAUGGUGAAGAGCUGAUUGCGGAUGUUGUACUGUUUGCCACUGGUAGGGCUCCUAAUUCUAAGAGGCUGAAUUUAGAAGCUGUUGGUGUUGAGCUUGACAACACUGGAGCAAUAAAGGUGGAUGAGUAUUCCUGCACAAGCAUACCUAGCAUAUGGGCUGUGGGUGAUGUCACAAACCGAAUGAAUCUUACUCCGGUGGCCUUGAUGGAAGCAUCGUACUUUGCUAAAACUGUAUUUGGUGGGCAAAAAAUCAAGCCAGACUACAAUAAUAUUCCCUAUGCAGUGUUCAGCAUUCCGCCACUUUCUGUAGUUGGUCUCAGUGAGGAGCAGGCAAUAGAGCAAACCAAUGGCGAUCUGUUGGUUUUCACAUCAAUCUUCAAUCCUAUGAAAAAUACCAUCUCUGGGCGACAAGAAAAAACUGUUAUGAAGCUUGUUGUUGAUGCUGAGACAGAUAAGGUUCUUGGAGCCUCGAUGUGUGGACCUGAUGCGCCUGAAAUUAUACAGGGUAUUGCUAUUGCAUUACAGUGUGGAGCUACCAAGGCACAGUUUGAUAGCACGGUGGGAAUACACCCAUCGGCUGCUGAAGAAUUUGUAACCAUGCGGUCAGUGACAAGGCGCGUAGCCGGAACUGGAAGUGCCAAACCCAAGACCAAUUCGUAAAAUGUUUAAAAUAAAAAUACGAUCUGCUUGAUGGUAGUGUAAAGAUGCAAAUGACUUCUUUUGGUGACCUUCCCAUUACUAUAGAUCACAAACCCAUCUGUUUUUCUUUCCCAAAAAAAUGUUUGUGUUUUUUUUUCUUUGCGAAUUUCAUUUUAUUUAAAAUUCCAUAUUUAGAACAGUUUGAUUCAUUGGCAUAUAAUGUAAGAACGAGUGAUUGCCGUUAAUUGUGGUGCCUUUAGUUUCAUAGAAGAUAUAUUGGAGAUCGAAGAAUAUUUUUUCUUGUGUAUUAUGGAAUGAUUGGCACAUUUAUUUAUUUAUGUGAAGGCUGAAUCAAGCUAUAAAAUUUAGGAAA